UUGCUGGUAAAAUUUGUAAAAAAGUAUGCAAAUUGUCGUGCAAUUUCAACAUUUUUACUUGCAAAAGUAGUUGUAGAAGAAAUUUUAGUGCAACGAGUAGCGUUUUGCAAUUAUGCGAGUGUUUUUACGGUGAAACUGUCAGGCUCGGGAACAGAAAUCGGAUUUUUUUCCGCCCAUCCAGGCCACGACGGUAUGUGAACUUGAAAGCCAAUAAAACCAUUACAAAGAUACCAUAGAAGAAGCCACUGUCAGCAGAAAAAGGUUUGAUGAAAGUUUUGCAGUAGUCGGAAAUCAAGAGAGUUUAUUAGUUGGUAGAUCCAAAUAAGGCAGGAUGUAUUGCAUAUAGUGUUGGAACAGUGAGGAAGGAAGAGGCAGCAAGACAUUCAAGAUCAAGUUGUGCAAACUCUAGGAUAUUCCGGACAUUUCCGGAUUGUGUGCCGGUCGUUGCUAGGACUGCAGUGUUAAUUGGUGCCGCAACAGUCAUGGUUUAGUGAACAUUGGCAGCUGUAGACUACGCAGUCUGCACUCGUCUGGUGUAGCAGGUUUGCUAAAAGAACAGAACGCAGCCAGAAGAACGAAGGUUACCUCGCAUAAUUCAACUGCAGCAGCAGCAGCGACAAGCUGAAGAAGUCUGAAUUCCAUCCAAGGACUGCGCGUCAUCAAGCCACCCAAAAAGUGCACACAACAAUUCUGUCGAUCACACCGCAAAACCGGGCGGCAGCAGCAAGUGAGCGUUUCGACGACAGCUACACAGUUGAAAAGACCUUGAGAAACGUAACUUGAGCGAACCGUCAAUAUAGUUCAAACCCGUACAUCAACGUCGUUAAUAGCGUCAGUGACAUCCCUAGUUCACUCUCUGCUUUACUGCGUCCCGAUCGAACAAUUCCUUCUUUUUGAUUUCUUCCACGCAACCUUCUUUAGUCUCUUCAGUUUAACCUUAACCGUUUCUCAGUUUCCUCUUAUGAUUUAUCACCCAUCCACGACGUUCCGUUGGUGAUAAUGUAUUGGAACGAAGAUUCGCUGAGUAGAAACAACUAUCUCAACGCCCAGUCGUGUCAAACCUACAUUAGUAAAAGGAGCGAAGAACUUGGAAGCCACGGCCGGUUGUCCUUUAGUAAGUCCCCCGCGGUAACACAACGUACGAAAGAGGACAAUCGUUGCGACCAAAAGCGGCCAGCUCAUGCUGUCAGCUAUUGUAGUAACAGUAGUUUAACUUCUUAUAGUAUACCUCAAGAAAAAACAGUUGCCGGUUGCGUGUUGAGAAAUCAAAUUUCCACACGCCGUUAGUUUAUGACUUUUUCUUGAUUCCAUCAACAUUGGAAUUAGCGUUUAGCGUUUACCCCCGUAAUAACCAUUAAUUGAGGCAACAUUUAAUCUGUUUGAUAGUUUACCGUGCUUCAGGAAAAAAAUAACAUUUCGUUUGUAAUCAAAAUGAAAACUUAUUGAUAUUGCGUACCAAUUGAACGUUUGAACUUAUCCAGUUAGAUUAAACGAUAUAUAUAUUUCAUUAAUCAAAGAGUACCAUUAUAGUUUUACUUUAUACCGCGGCUGUCACGAAGAUAUACGAUUCUAAGAUUUUAAGGCUCCAAAAUAAUUAUAAUCACAGCGUUUCUCAUUUUCCCGUUCAAACGGUGCAGGACCAAGUCUUUGUAUCUCUAUAAACUUACAGCACUCUAAGCUCAGUACCAAAAAAGUGUAGUCAAAGACGAAUAUUUAGACUGUUGUUCCAAAUUUUAUUUCGGUUUAUUUUUUUCUUUCAAUAACCAUUUCCACAAUUCCCAAAAAAAAAAGAAAAAAAUUCCCCAAAGAUCCCGAGAGCUUAUCCUAGUCCUACGCUUGUAUACCACUACUAUAACUUUGAAAACAACUAAAUCAACUCAAGGUAAAAUCGGAAAGCUCACCGCGACCGAUGACCGAGACCGCAGCUACGUCGUGAGUGCACAAAAGAAAAGCCCAACUAGAAACAAACAAACUAUUACUUUUCGAUCCAACGACGGCAGAAGAGACAGAAGCGUUUUAACUGCGCUAAAAGUUAACGGUUUUCGCAAUUUCUCUCGGUUGUUUCUUGGAGAAAAUAUUGAUUGUUGGCUGUCCCCUCCAUACAGGUGUGAAAGUGUUCUGAAUUGUUGUAACGUCAGCUGAAAAGAAGAGUACGGAUACGAAAGUGCUGACAGACAGUAAGGUGAAAUUAUUAAACUCGAAGGUUGACGCUAACCCCCCGGUAUCGACGCGAAGUGAACGACGCACUGUUGUAGCAUUUGCUAAGGCGCGAGAAAGUGGAAAUUUCGGCAGAUGAUUCAAACAUUCACCCUAUAAUGCCGCAAUAAUGCUGUACAAAUGGGAGCAACAAAAAGAGCAUGUUUUAGCAGAAGCAAUUCAGCGCAAGCAACAGCACCUGUAAACAGUCAGGAGUCGUCACAGCAGCAAAGCUCGCGAGCUACAGGGAAUCUCAACAACAACAACCGACUGCGACGAUUACGUUCUGCUAGUCAGUCAACUUCGACAUCCAGUUUAAAUAGCCUCAACAACAACAAUACCAACACUACCGCCAGUGCGACUAGUAUCAACAACAACAGCCGUCAAUCGAACCGACACGCCGCCUCGGCACAUCGGUCCCCCGGCGCCAAUACUGCAGCAACCACGGGUGGACUAAUCUCAAGAGUGUUCGAUAGUAGUAGUGCAACAGCAGCAGCGUCCCCGACCGCGGCCGGCAGUAACAACAAUCGUGGUUCACCGGGUGAGAAGAAGCCGCCUCUGGCCAACGUCUCCAGCAGCAAAUACGAUGACAAAAUGGACGAAAGAAGGCAAUCGCAACCGAAAACUCCAACCAAAAAUCAGCCGCAACGGGAAACCACUCCGGCGGGUCGCAAAAAGGCUACCGCAGUUGAACCAAACACCGCCGACCGUGAUCGCGAUCGAAAGCAGCAAGAAUCACCGAAGAAACAUACUCAACAAAGUCAAAGGACGUCUCCCGAGUCGCAGCAAAGCACACCAACGAUAGAGAACAUGGAGCUGGCUGGUCAGGAACCGAAACCGCGCACUAAAGCGCUUACCAACGAUUCCGGCAUUGAGGGGGAGCACCAUAUGCAUCCGGACGAAGAACAGGAAGAGGAUAAAGAAGUGGUGCUGGUUGAGCGGAGGCGGUUGAACUCCGCAGUGGAGAUGUCCACACUGGAUGGACCAGUCAACUCUCGCCAGUAUCUUGAGUCACCCGAAUCGGAUGGGUCACUAACUCGCAGCAAUUUGCGUUUCAUCCGUAAAAGUCUGGAAAAUUCACUAGCCGUUGCAUACUCGAAAAAUUUUAUCGACAAUGAUACCAUCGAGACGGAGUACCCACGUAACUAUGAUGACAACAUCGAGAUACUGAGCCGGGAGGCCGAAAACUUGGCACUGCAAUUCAAACCUUCCGAAGAGAAGCUAGUACAGUAUGGACCAAUUUUUGAUCUCGAGAAGUUCGAAGAGCAGCGCAAGCAGCAAAAGAAGGAAGACGACGAGGACGAAGCAAUUGGCAUAUCACCGUGCGGAAGAUUUCUUAAGUACGACAAAGAGGUUGGCCGGGGAUCGUUCAAAACGGUUUAUCGUGGACUUGAUACCCAAACCGGAGUGGCCGUGGCCUGGUGCGAAUUACUGGAUAAAAAAGUAAAUAGAGUAGAACGCGCUCGAUUCCGCGAGGAAGCUGAAAUGCUGAAAAAAUUGCAACACCCUAAUAUUGUGCGGUUCUAUAACUACUGGGAAUCGCCGCCCGCCGCUGGGAAUAAGAAAAAGAAUAUAGUACUGGUAACGGAACUGAUGCUGUCCGGUACACUAAAGUCCUAUUUACGCCGUUUCAAAAAAAUCAAUCCGAAAGUGCUCAAAUCAUGGUGCCGUCAGAUAUUGAAGGGGUUGCAUUUCCUACACUCUCGCGCACCGCCCAUCAUCCAUCGUGAUUUGAAAUGUGAUAAUAUAUUUAUAACUGGAACGACUGGGAGCGUCAAGAUUGGCGAUCUUGGGUUAGCCACACUGAAGAAUCGAAGCUUUGCCAAAUCGGUUAUCGGGACGCCGGAGUUUAUGGCCCCGGAGAUGUACGAGGAGCACUACGAUGAGGCUGUCGACGUGUAUGCCUUCGGUAUGUGCAUGUUGGAGAUGGCCACCAGCGAAUAUCCGUACAAUGAGUGCAAUACACCGGCGCAAAUCUACAAGAAGGUAACAUCCGGCAUUAAGCCUGCCAGCUUGGAAAAGGUAGAGAAUCCGGAAGUCCGAGAAAUUAUCGAACGGUGCAUUCACGACAAGAAGGAAGGCCGACCUACAUGCAAGGAGCUGUUGAACUGUGAAUUUUUCUGCGAGGAUAUCGGAGUGCGAUUGGAACCUAUUUCAAAAGAGAAUUUUAUUGCUAAUCCAGAAUGCACCAAGAUGGAAUUUAGACUGCGUAUCUUAGAUCCUAAAAAGCGUGUCAAUAAACACAAGGAAAAUGAAGCUAUUCAGUUCGACUUCGAUACAAGGGUUGACGAUGCCGAUGAGAUUGCUAGUGAUAUGUAUAAGAGUGGGAUUUUGAUGGAGGAUGACUCAAAGACGGUUGCGAAAAUAUUAAAGGUGCAAAUCCAAACGAUGCUGAAGGAAAAGGAAGAGCGUGCACGGCAGGUGCAGCUUGAGAAAGAGACUGAAGCCUUGCAGAAGCAAGCAGCGCUAGCCCAACAGAUUUAUGCGCAACAACAAAGCCAAAUGGAAUGCUGUGAAGCCCAACCGUUAGAAUUGCAUGUUCCACAAAUGGUUGGUCAAGGAGUUCCAAUGCCGCAGCAGCAACAGCAGCAGGCUUUUUAUCAGCCCGCUUCUUUGCCCACGUCGCAGGCGCAGCAAAUCAUUUAUCAACAGCAAAUGUCAGCUCCUGCUGGUAACGAACAGAUGAUGCAAAAUUAUCAAAAUCAAGGUCAAUACUUGAAUCAACAACAACAGCAGCAGCAAAUGGUUCAACAGCAACAGUUCCUAAACCAAAUGCCUCAGAUUUCCCAGCAAAUGCAGAUCCCUUGCAGUAUACCUCAGCAGACUCAAGCCACUCAGCAGCAAACAGUUGUUCAAACUGCCCAACAACAGCAGCAACCUCAGCAAGUAUUUAGUGAUCCACAACAACAGCAGCAGUAUCUUCAGCAAAUGCUACAACAGCAAGCACUAAUACAGCAGAUGCAGCAACAGCAAGUCCCAAUGCAACAACAGAACAAUGUACAGUAUAUGAACCAAAUUUCCCAGCAGCAACAGCAGGUAUAUCAACAACAAUUGAUCCAACAGCAAUUACUUCAGCAACAUCAUCUACAACAACAGCAAAUUCAAGCUGUAAUUCAAGAUCAAUACCCUACUCUAGAACAACAACUGCAGGCAGUUCUUCCCAUUCAACAUCAUCCCCAGCAGCCACAACAACCCCAGCAACCGAUUCAACAAUCACAAUCUCAAGCUCAGCUGAUUCAAAAUCAACAAUUUUCGCAACCAUCUCAGAUGAUCCAUGGUCAGACUCUUCAAACUGCCCAAAUUACACAUCAACAUCAGAUGCACAUUCAGCAACAGCUUCAAGAUCAUAUGCAACUGCAUCAAAGUUUACCCCAUCCAGUCAAUAUGAUUCCCAGCAAUUCGCAAACAUCGAUAAAUCAUCAGCAAAUCGCCCAAUCGCAACCCCAACCUCCGCAGCAACAAUCACAGGUUCAGUCCCAACAACAACAACAAUACGUCACCCAACCGGUGGUUAACCAUAUUCCACAAGUCCCUAUUCAGCAACAAAUUCCUCAAGUUCAGCAAAUUCCCCACCAGCAGCAGCUGCAGCAACAACAAAUUCAGCAACAGAUCUACUUUCAACAGCAACAAUUGCUUCAACAACAACAACAUCAACAGCAGCAGCAACAACAACAUCAGCAGCAGCAGCAACAGCAACAACAGCAGCAGCAGCAACAACAACAACAACAGCAGCAGCAACAACCGCCCAAGCCUGUUGAGCCCCCAGUUCCUGAACCAGUUCGCACGGAGUCCCUUCCAAGCCAAGCAUCCAUCGAUGCAUUUCAACAACAACAACAGCAACAUCAGCUGGCACAGCCGCAACCAGUUGCUCCAACACCUGCCCCAACACCCGCCCCGACACCUCAACCCCAACCUCAACAACCAGCAACUGGGAACCCUAGCGAACCAACUCCGGUCGCAGGAAUCCCACCCUCGCAACAGGCAGCCAUCCCGAAACGGUUGACCAAUGAGGGAAGCAAAAAGCGCCGUAAUUACCGUUCGACCGAACGCAAUCCGAAACUGCAGGUACUGGGCUUCGAGAACAACAUUGUCGAGUGCGAAAUGGAGAAUCGACCGAAGACGAUUACCUUUAAAUUUGACGCCAACAAUGUCAACCCGGUCGAGGUGGCACAAGAUCUCGUGUCCAAAGACCUGCUGAGCGAAGCGCAAAGUUUAGUUUUUAUCGAAAUGGUGAGGGACAUCCUACGACAGCUGAAGGAAAACCCGAAUCAGCUUCCGGUAGCGUCCCAAUGCUGCAGAAGAAACACCGAGAAGCGCGAUGAGACAUCGACUACAGCGUCCAACUUUUCGCACAUGUUCGACCCGACUAUCAUCGAUAGACAGGCGCUGGCAACGGCGGUAUCCAGCACAACCAACUCUUCUGCAUCGUCUUCACCGUUGUCUCAACAGCAUCCUGGCGGCGCCAAUGGCGAUCUGCAGAAAACCCUGUCGAUCGAUAGUGGCGGAAGCAGUAGCGUUGCGGCUGGUAUCGAUAAUGCUGACACUGUAUCCGAAGAUCAUGGAUCCAAGGGUGACUUGAAAGAUAUCGUUACUAUUGGCGAACUGGGCGGAGGAAACGGCGAAAUGACAACAGUCACUCAUGUAUUGAUGGAUGAUGGCGCAAACGAUAAUAACAGUAGUUGUGAUGAAAAUUCCAGAAAAACUAGCACUAUAAGUACGGAUUAUACAUCGCACGAGAACACUCCGGAGAAUACGGUUACUCCGGGCAGCCAAAUACAGCAACAGUUCGUGUAUAACGAACUGGAACACGAUAGAACUACUGCUUCAGCGGCACCGGCAGUAGCCACGUCAGACACUCAGGAGGCAGGGACCGAUAAGACGGAUCAGUGUAUUAUUACAGUGCCAUUAGCCAGUAAUGAAGAGCAUAAUAAAGUCACUAACGCUACUACUAACAGUAAUACUGAAAAUUCUAGUCAACCAGUUAGCUCGCAGAUUUCUGCUCUGGAAAGCGAUACUACUACCACUAUACCUACUACUACUGCUACUCCUAUUGCUAUCACAAACAAUGCACAUGGCCCCAUUGAUUCUCCAAGCGUAGAAAAUAUGCAUCACGUCCAAGAACGAAAAAUGUCUCGAUUUUCAGUUACACCAGUGGUUCUACCGAGUGAAGAAAACAAGGCAGCUGCUGGUACUGUUGAUCAAAACGAGAUGGUCCCUGCUGCAACUGAAGCCCAUGCAAAUGCUUCAUUCACAGAGCAACAUCAAAUUGAUUCUAUGCCAGCAGAGCCAAACUAUGCUCAAGCUUCUAAUGAAAUUCUUCAACAGCAAAUGCUAUUACAACAGCAACAGCAAAUGGAACUGUACCAACAGAGAUUAAUUAUGGAACAACAAAAUCAGCAAGAAGCAGAACUUCUCGCGCAGCAGCAAUAUCAGCUGCAGGCCCAGCAUCGGCAACAGUUACAACUACAGUUCCAGCAGCAGCAACAGCAGCAACAACAACAACAACAACAAUCACAGUUUGUGCCGGAACUGGCAGCUGCGGAAUUUGAACUCCAACAACAGCAACAGAUGUACCAGGCACAAAUGGCACAACAGCAACAAUAUCAACAAACGAUCAUUCAGCAACAGCAACAGCUGCAACAACAGCAGCAACAGUCUAUUUCUACUCAAGUCUCAGUCGAUAGUACAUCACGUGAUUCUUUGCCUAGUCGUAUGCCAGAAACGCUUGAACAGUUAAAGAUUGGUCUCGAAAGUAUCACCCACGUGCACGUAAUAACGAGCAAAACUUCUUCCACUAGUCUGUCCAGCACAUCAGCGCACUCUUUACAGCAACAGCAACCGAUCCAGCAGCAGUCACAAGAUCCUCAGGGUCAGCUUCCGCCCAACGAAUAUAUCGUCCAGCAGCAAUUUUAUCAAGCACAAGAGUACGUCCCAGAAUCGCAGCCUGAAGUAGCGCAAGAAUAUGUCAUCGACGGGAACACAUCGCAGCUGGAACAUGCCCAGCUGCAGCAACCGCAACUGCUGCAAGCUUUGCCUCCCUCCCAGGACAUAUCGAUGUAUAACUCGCGUCGAACAUCUGCCGACAUUAACGUGUCAACAGUAGACACACAGCAACUACCCGGUUCUGUGCCAAAUUCGGUAGCGGCUGUUAGUGCAGCCGGAAGUGACGCAAGCACACCCAAUCUACGCGAACAGGAAAAACGGCUUUCGAAUCAGGGAAGCGUCGAUCGCAUAGAUAGUUCUGCAAACAAUUCGUUGGCUGAUCUUAAUCAGAAGUUAGCUCAGCUGACUUCCGCUCAAAUUAGUGAGCCUCCAACGACGCAACAUCCCAAGCCACCUCAGCUGGCUGCUUUCGAACAGCAUCAUCUACAGACGCAGCAUAACUCGGCCGUAACUAGUCCUUCGGUAGAGUACGCUGAGCUCAAGUUCCCGAACGAGGCGAAACCGAUGGUCCGUAAGGUAUCUCGUUUCCAGGUCCAAACGGUACAAGAAUCUCCCAAACCGGAUCAAUCGCAACAGCACCCGCAGCAUCAACAGACGAAACCGAUGUUAAGCAAUCAUAAUGAUACUCAGCACAAUGCUUCUCAGCAACCGCAACAGCAGCAGCAGCUAAACCAACCAAAAACCAAUUACUCAUCCCCGACAGACGAGAAAUCCUGCCAAACAUUCCCUGCGCAGCAACAGCUCGUCUGCGAUAUUCCCAUGGCCAACGAUCUUGAAGCCAAGCUUAAUCAAGUAAUUCCCAUUACACCGAACAUUGACACUGCUCAGCCAAACUUUGCGGCCGCUCUUCAACAGCAACAGCAAUUACAGCAACAGCUUCAGCAGCAGCAACAAAUGCAGCAAAUUCCUCCCCAGCCUCAACAACCAUCAAUGACCCCAGUAGUUCCUACCCAACAACAACAACAACAGUCGAUAACUCAGCAGCUCAUGCAGCAACCAGUGAUGCAGCAACAAUAUCACCAACCUAUGCCACAGCAAUCUCAACAGCCCCCAAUGCAAAUGCAACAGCCGCAACAGCAGCAACAAGCAAUGAGCCAACCGGUGGUUCCCGUUCCGAUGCAAAUGACACAACAAAUGAUGCCGGUGCAGAAUGUGAACAACACCGCUGCUUUGUAUUCAGAUCAAAACGCCUUGGAAUCGUUCAGUAGCGAAGACAUUGGCCAAAAUCUAGUCGCCAUUCAGAAUCAUCUGCGCAGCAUGCAGCUGAUGCCCAGCGCCCGGCAGCAGCUGCAACUGCUACUGCAGCGUCAGCACAUCGAACACGAGGAGCUCAAGCUGCGCCACUUUCUCGAGCUGGAAAAAUUCCUCAAGCAGCAGAAAGAAGACAUGAAGCCGCCGCCAGCAGCGGUUCAAGCGCAACAACAACAACAACAACCGCCACCGCAGCCGCAACCACAGCAGGCACAGGUACCUGUGUCGAUGCAGGCCCCGCUACCGAUGCAAGCGGUCUUAGCGGACAUCACAUCACCCACUCUAACUGCGAGUCGAGGCUUCGAAGCAGCUUCGGUAACUACUACUUCCUACAGUAACUACAAUAAUACAAUCGGUAGCACCGGUAGCGGUGGCAGUGGGCCCGAAAUGGAGCCCGACCCUACGCUUACAAUCGUAAACGAAACCAACAAGUAGAGAGAGGCUGGUUUGCUGACUUGCUGCCACAUCGUCUAGGCUAACGUACACAGUAAACAAAAUUAGACUCACCAUAUGUAGUAGUGGUCUGACUGUAGAAUGUUUUUCUUGUUAGAGGAAUUUACUGCGCUAGUAAAAACUGCUUUAUUGUUUUGUUUAAUGAAGCCACUGGUGUUUCUACUGAACAAAAUCACUUGUCGCUUGCUGAAUGAAAUUGCAUAAUACCAAAAACCGUAUCAUUCUACCCCUUAUCAUGUUACACAACGGAUUGCUGGACAUUUUCGACCCCGAAAAAACCAAAACCAAACUUCACACUGUGUGGAACACGCAACGAUUUCAUUCCAGUUAAAAAAAUUAUCGUUGCGACUUCUCGCUUGCUGCAAAUGGUUCCGCACAAAUAAAACCCUUACGUUUUUCGAAUAAUUACUCUUUAAAAAAAACCGGUUGCGCUGUGUGCACUGAUGAUAAUCUCGUAUUUUGGCUGCCCUGAACUAGAUCUAAAUAUAAAAAUUCUGCUGGACGGUUUUUUUUUCGAAACAUGCAAAAAGAUAUUGUCUAUUCCCGUAGAACAGAAAAGAUAUUUACUCACGAACGACGGCAAAUGCAACAUCAAUAACAACUUACAUGUAUUGCAGAAUAAAACGAGAAUUGUAAAAAAAAGGGAAACACAGUAGUGUAUAUUUUAUAUUGGAAUAACUGCUUAUAAUUAUCGAUAGGCGCUUUAUUUUCUAGACGAAAUAUGCAUGCAUCAGUUAGAUAAAAGGAAGGAAAACAAGACAAUGAUAGUUAUAGUGAUGUUUGAAGGACGCGAAACGUAGGCCGGUUCUUAUAAAAGAUGAAACGUUUGAGAUGCGCUUUUAAGAGUAAACCCUAUUCAUAAUUGAAUCUUUUUGUGUAUUUAUCUUGAAAGUGCUUUUCACAUCACAUCAUGGAAUUCAGUACCGGCUUGGAACUCGCUAAAACAAACAUUAGAUAUGUGUGCGUUUAAUAAUCCUCUUGCUUGCUCUAUCUCUGAUUCUCGCUGGCGGAAAGAGGAUACAAGUCACCAACUUCGGAAGGAAAAGAGCGCAUCGACAGGGCAUUGAUAAUUUAGCUGAAACAAAAAAAACACGGAACCUGUUAGAAUUGAUCUAACAAACAAGCGCCAACAGUCACUGUAGAGAACAAAGGAAUAAUGUCAGUUACUACUAAUUGUGAUGAACGAGAGAGACGAAUACGGACUGUUUUGAAACAUUGAAUGUAUGGUCAUGACGUAAACGAGAUUCCAAGGGUAGGUUAUCCCGAUGAAUGAAAAAUAAAUUUUGUUGGCGAUGGCGAGGAUAGAGCAGAGAGGGAAACAUUCUUCGGAAAUAAACCCAGAUUUGACAGGGUUCGCAUUACUUUAUUGUAUUAUAUAUUCUAUUCUAUAUUUAAUGAAUUGAAAACUAAAUAAGAUAUUAAAUAUCUACUGAA